GCCCUCAACGUUAAUCGGCCGCCAUCUAUAACGUGUGCUAUCUUCUGAUAUAAAUUAAAAUACUGCUACAAUAUUUCCUAAAUUAUUGCUCUUUAAUUUCACAUUAUGUCAUCCAAAGGGGGUCCACGAGCAGCAGGUACAGAUGGCAGUGAUUUCCAACAUCGAGAACAAGUUGCUUCCCAGUAUAAAAUAAGUGUGCAACUGAAGUCCAAGUUCCGUACAUGUCUCUUCAUCAACAUCUCCGUAGUGUUCAUCCAACUAUUGACGUUUGCUGGAGCGCACUUCAAGAUCAUUCCGUCUGACUAUCACCCGUUACCAUGGCAAUACACAUGGAUGCUGAGUGGAGUAGUAUCUCUCAUCGGUCUGAACGCUCUUGCUAAAAAUAAACGAGAGAUGCUGAGCUUACAUAAUCUCGGUCUCGCCAUCUUUGGAUUUGGAGGCGUUUUCUUCGGAAUGACUUUCCAGUAUUCAGCUCAUCAACGAUACAUCGCAUCGGGAGAGACAAGACGGAUUGCAGACGUCCCUCUUCAUUAUAUCUGGGUGUUCAUACUCGCCCUGAAUGUCAUCAACUAUUUUGCAACAUAUUUUUACUCAAUCAGACUGAAAGCAGCGUGGAAUGUUCGGAAAAUGAGAUGAACUAUAUUUUUCUUUAUCCUCAAUUAUGUAUUUGAUUUUUAUCUAUUCAUUUUGAAUACUUUGUCAAAUCAGUUUUGGAUAACCAUGUCUUCUUGAAAUUCCUGUUGAAAAAGUUUAUUUUUAGGCAGUCACAUUUGAAGUCUGGACCAGUUGAAUGAAACAUUUGGAAAAGUGCACUUUUAUUUUGAAAACAUUGGACACUACUCAUCUUACAUACAAAUAACGAUGUAACAACUUAUACAGAAAUUUACACUUCAAGAAUGUACUGUACAGAAAAAAUAUUUAUGUAUAAGGUUACACCAAGUAACAGUGACAGAGCUUUAGAAUAAAUGCGCAUUUACAAUGGUUUGACCCUCAAAAAGCUUUGUUUUCCAAGAAAUUUAAGGUACCCCUGUUGCUAUUUUAUAUGCUGAGAGAAUCAUAAUUUACAAUAGUCUUAAAGGGGAAUCCAGCCUUGGCCAUAAAAAGUUGUGUUGGGAAGGAGAAAAAUAAAUC